AUGGCGAGCGGCGGCGCAUACCCCGUUCUGGUCCUCCACCUCCCCGGCGGCGGCGGCGGCGACGGUGGCCACUGGAGCAAUCUCGGCGCCGCCUACGCCGCCGUCACGUUCCUCCGUCCGCAGGGGCAGUCCCUGGUCCUGUACGCGGCGGGCCCCGACGCCGACGGCCAGCAGUGCCAGCAGCAGCCGCGGCCCCGGGGGCGCAUCGUGUUGGUGUACCUGAUCCUCCCCGGCGACGCCUUCGAGAGGCUGGACGGCGCGAGUUUUUUUGUCGUGGGCGGAGCCCGAGUCCGGCGCCGAGUUCGCGCUCUGCUUCGCCGACGAGGCAGGGUGCGCCGCCGUCUGCGGGGCCAUCUCCGCCUCCCCGUCGUCGACGAUGGUGAGCCCCGUCGCGGCGGUCGAUGUAGAUGGCAUCGCGGAGAGGCUACGGGGCUGCGCGUGGCGAUGGAGGAGGCCCCGCCGGCGCCCGACGGGGCGGACAUCGCCGCGCGCCUGGCGCAGCUCAGCAUCGGCCGCUAG